AGAUCAAAGCGUUGAGGAAGGCGGGAAAGGAAGAGGCGCAGUGGAGAGAAGACACAAAGUCCAGCAAUGGCGGGAGGCGAUUCUCAAAAGCCACUCCAAAUCCUAAUUCGGGACUUCAACUCAGAAAAAUCCCAAGGAGAAAUCAGAGUAAGCGGUCUCAAAAGGAAAAUUGAGCUGCUUCGAUCUGAACUGGAGGACGGAAAUGUGGAGCUUGAAGAAACAAAGCUGUUCAAAGAAAUUCUUGAGCAGGAGCUCAAAGGAUAUGAAGUCGAAUUAGCUCUGCAUAGCGCUUCAAUUCAAGCUCUAGAGAAUAGGAUUUCUUUGGUUCAAGAAGAGGUUACGAAGGUCGGAUCCGAUUUAGAGGCUCAUAAGAAUGACGAGGGAGUUAAACGAGAAGAAUUUAUUAGCCAAAUGUUUGAGCUCAACAAGAAGAUAAGGAAAUUUCAGGAGAUGAUAGCCCACAAUUUGCAAGAUAACAUUGAACCUUUAUCAACCUCAUCAGGCAACGAAUUUGAGGACACGCAAUCAAUGCAUGACACUGAAGUUUCUUUGAGAGGUCUAGAGGAUAAACUUGUACAUAUUAUUUCUCAAACACAUGUAGAGGAACAGGAGUAUGAAGAAGAAGAAGAUAUUCAUAAAAAGGUCCAACAGGAGCUUGUGGAUUCUGAAAGGAAUGUGUCAGUCAUGGAGGCAGUUUUUAAUGAAAUGAAAGGGCUGCAGAGCAUUUCAAAGCAGAUUGCUGAUUUUGAAGAGUUGUGUGCCUCUCUUAGUGAGGAGUUGAAGAAGAGGUGUUCCUGUCCCAACUGUCAUCUGGAAAAUGUUGAAGCCUUGGGAGUACUCCAGACAUCCGAUGGGAAUUGAUGUUUCUAUCUAGGCUGUGUUGGUAGUGAUGGAAGAGGCUGUUAAAAAUGGUAAGUGUCAGGUUACCUAGUACAGAAGCUACACUAAUGUGGUUAUCAUUUUAAGAAACUUCCUAGUUUGAUUUUGAGUGACUCAUUUGGGGUAUGAUGCUUGUGUCAGCAAGAAAUGUCCCCUUUACUUCCAUCCGGUGUUGGUGCAUGUAUGAGACCUAUAAGAAAAGUGUAUGUGUUGUAUUCAAAGCAGUGGUUUCUGUUAAAUUCGCUUGGGCUAUGGUUGAAGCAAGAUCCUAUGGUA